AUGCGAUCGCUGGGACAUGUGCCAACAGUCGGUGAAACUGUAGAAUACAUGAAAGAGAAAGGUAACAAUAAAACUUACUUCAAACUUCAUAUCGAAAACUCACUUUUCUUUAAAAUUAUCCUAGUUACUUUUAUUUUUUAAUAGACAAAAUUUUUUGAUAUCUAAACCAUCAAAACCCUUUGCAGGACCUCGCAUAGAGUUUCCCAAAUUCCUUGAGAUCAUUCACCACGAAAAUCAGAGAAAGAUCGACCCAGUAUGGGAGUGCGCUCAAUGUUUUAAAGCACUAGAUACCAGAAAGACAGGAUAUUUGAGUAGAUCUGAGUUCUUUUCAUUAUUAACAAGAUUCGGAGAAAAGAUGGAUCCAAUAGAAGUAGAAAUGUCUUUACAGAGAAUGGGAAUGUGCGGUUAUGGCCUUAAAAUCCCGAUCGAACAGCUUAUACAUCACAUUUCUGGACCUGCGCCUUUGCCAUAA